GGAAAGAGAUUUCUAUUUUGGGAAAACCAUUAUCCUUUCCACUCCACCGAUGACCGAUCUAUUUUACGGUUUUCACUAAAGUCCUAAUUUUGCCCCCAAAUUUGCCUUCAAUCGGCAGCUCCUACUCAUCCUCCCCUUUCAGUUGCUCCGUCGUGUCGCGUUGCGUCGCUGCCGUUGAUUGUAAAGAUUCCUUGUGUGCGAGAAGAAAGGCGAGCUUCUCCGAGCACACUGCGAAUCCAAGCAUAUGGAUGAGCAUUUGGAAACCUUGACGGAUGUGCCGACAAUCAAUCUUUCUCUACUACAUCAAGAUCCUCAGAGCAGAUUUGUGGUUAUCAAGAAAAUUCGUGAAGCUUGCCACACAUAUGGACUUUUCAAUGUUAUUAAUCACGGGAUACAUGAUUCAGUGAUAGAAGAUGCUUUAAAUGUGAAUGCCAGAUUCUUUGAGAUGCCAUUAGCAGAAAAAGAGGAGCUCUUUUCAGAUGAUGUGCGGAAACCAGUGAGAUUUCAGCAUGUAAAUCGUGGAGAUUAUUCAAAGGAUUUCCUCAAGCUCUAUGCCCAUCCACUUGAACACUUCAUCUCAUAUUGGCCAAGUUUUCCUCCUGACUAUAGGGAAAAAAUGGGAAUUUAUUCUACAGAGGUGAGGAAACUAUGCAUUGAACUAUUUGGAGCCAUAAUGGAGAGCCUAAGCUUGGAUCAAACACAUCUCAAGCAAGAAUUCAAACAAGGCUUUCAAAUUCUCGGCGUAAAUUGCUAUAACCGAUGCACGGAAUCCAGCACGAAGAACGGCACACCUCCACAUACAGAUCACAGCGUCAUCACUCUCCUCCUGCAGAGUGCCCCGGGGCUCGACUUCAUGGAUCCCGAGGGGUCGUGGAAGAGUAUUCCCAAGCUCAAAGGGUCAUUGCAGGUAUUUGUUGGAGAUCAUUUGGAGGUAAUAAGCAAUGGCUUCUACAAGAGUGUGUUGCAUAGAGCAAUCAAUAGUAGUAAUGGUGCUGCUAGGGUUUCGAUAGCAAGUUUACAUAGCCUGGGAAUGGAUGAGAUAGUUGAGCCUGCUGCAGAGUUAGAGAGAGAUGAAAAUACAAGAAGGUAUAGAGGGAGCAGUCUAAGGGAUUAUCUCGAGCAUCUUGCCUCUGCAGAUGCAGGGCCUUUCAUUGAGAGACUGAAAAUAGAAUAGAUGAUGUAGAUUCAUGGUUGAGUUUGUACCCUAUUCACAGUUGUUAUUAAUAAAAGUGACAAUUAUUCUGCA